UAAUAAGUUAGGUUAGGACUAUGAUCGAAUUGAGUAAAAGUAUAUUUAAUAAUAUUUAUUGACUUACUAAUUGAAGCUAUGGAUGAGGAACUCGGUGAACCCUCUCCUAUUACGGAAUAUCAAUCCAGUGCAGGAUACAAUGAUCCUCUACAAAGUAAUGGGGUACUCCAAGCUAUUGAGGAAGAAAAUCUAGAAAAAAUAGAGGAAUUGGUUUCAACAGGGCACUCUCUGAAUAUAAGUUACAAAAAUGGUAAUACCCCUCUUCAUAUAGCAAUUAUAAAAAACAAUAUACAAAUAUUCAGGUAUUUACUCGCCCAAGAUGACAUCAGAAUCAAUACGAGAAAUUCACAGGGUCAAACUCCACUCUUCCUCGCCGUAAGAUAUGGCCACUUUGAGUCAGUGAAGCAUCUCCUAGAAAAAGGUGCAAAUGUCAACUUGCCAUAUAACCGAGAAGUAACGCCUUUGCACGAAUCUGUGCAAUAUCCAGAUAUUGCACAUAUAUUAAUAAAAAACGGAGCAGAUAUAGACGCUGUAGAUUACAAUAACGACACUCCUCUGCACAAUGCUGUGGUUGAUAGUUGUAUAGAAACAGUGUGUAUGCUGUUAUAUUAUGGCGCUGAUGCAAAUGCUAUAGGAUGUUUCAAUUACACCCCAUUUAUGAGAGCUCUCUUUAAUAAAGACGUGGAAAUUCAAGAUGCUCUAUUCGAUUACAUUGAUGAUUUUACUGUAACUUCUAUGAACUAUUACAGUUCGUUAACUUUAGCUGUGAAAAAUUAUAGUCCUUAUGUGGAGGAGAUGAUUAAGAGAGGUGCGGAAGUAACUGUGGCGGAUUAUAAGGCUUGCAUAUAUUAUCCAAAUGCAAAUAAUUUCAAAAUUAUUUUGAACAAUCUCACAGCAGAUGAUGUUGCGGAUAAUGAUGUUAAUUUGUUGCUACUAUCUUCUAAGCUCAAUAAAGAAAACUUUGAGCAGUAUAUUGAAAUUAUUAUGGAACAUUCUGAUAGUUCAGUAUUGGAAAUAUUGGCCCAGAAAACUUCUAGUCAAGAUUUGGCUAGUUUAAUAGAAAGCAGUAACAAUAAUUUUUUUAAUAAUUGUUUGCCACAUGAUAAAAUAACCAAAUUAAUUUUAUUGUGGUUGGAGUAUGGUUGUAAAUUGAGGACGGGUCUAAUUUAUGAAAUUUAUGUUAAUAUGGGUUAUUGUGAAUUAUUCAAAAUUCUACUAUUCAUGGAUUACGUAGACGAUUGGUCGCCAUUCGCAUUAACCCCGAGAUUAAUAUUCGAUAUACAUAGUGAUGUGUUAGCGUUAUGUUUUGAGCUUACACGAAGAGAUUGGUAUGAAUCGAUAAAUAAAAGAAAAUUCAUGACUGAUUUCAUAAGUUCCUUUCAUUAUUGGAAAAACCAUUAUUUGGUGGAGACUGCCUUUCACUUUUCUGAAAGGAAGUUUCGUUUUGGAGGUCGAUCAAAGUUCUUACAGGAUCUAGAUGUAUUACCUGCUAUACCAUCCUUACUUGAGCUAGCUAGAGAUCAAACUAGGAAAUAUAUAGUUGGAAAGUUUAACAUGACAACUUCCAGGCAAUACUAUACAUAUGUCAAUUGUUUGGAUAUAGCUAGUGUUUAUAAAAAAAUAUUAAUGUAUGAAAAGAAAAUUUAUAGUUAAUUUUUUAUUUGAAUUUAGAAAUGUAUAGUUAUUUUUUAUUAUUUAUUGUAAAAGUAAAAAAUAUCUCUGUACUUUAUAAUUCUUUAUUUUGAACUAUGUUCGUAUGUAUUUCUGUUUGGCACUGGUUUCAAAACCAACUGUUCAGUCAAUCUUUAAUUAAUUUUAAUAAAGUUUAUUUUGUAUUAACCCAUUAGCGCCGAAAAAUAAAAAAAAAUUAAAAUUAUUAAAAUUUAUAGUUGCAACUUAUUGUUAGUAAAUAAAAGAACAUGUUUUGAAAAUAUUUUAUUUUUUUUUUAAAUAAUAGUACCCUUGGGAAGGUGUUCCCAUAUGGUACCUUUAGGUGCAACCCCAGUAUUACACACUUAUAGAAAUUACACAUUAGUUAUUCUUAAAAAUAUUUCUACUGAAUAUGAAAUGAGCGAAAGCAGUCGAUACAAAGCCCUAUAUUGCACUUGGAGCACAUUGUUCUUCCUCUGCUCUUACAAUUUUCACCAGCACAUCUUCUUCUUUUACCUUCAGGUAUCGAAAUGACGUAAUGAUGUAAUCCGUCAUAUCUUAAAUCAUUACUGACCCUGGAAUCAGCAGCAGCAGCUUUCGGAAUUCGACCUGGAUUUCGAGGCGGUACACCAUAUCUUGUCAGAUAUGUCUGAAAAUUAAAAAUACUACACUUUUAGUAGUCCUAUUAUUUUAAUAAAUAUUGGAAGUUUUACCUGUACAAUAUUUCUUCUAAAAUCUAACUGACUUAUCUUUCUUCCACUCUUUCUAUAUAAUGUCCAGGCGUUUUGAAUUGCAGCAUCAAUCAGAUAAGUAAAAAUGGGCCAGUACCACUUUUUUGAGCGAACUCCAAUACGGUAAC